CUCAAUAUUGCGGAUGAUUACGCAGUUCUGCAAAUAUGGACAAGCUCGACAAUGCCAAUACUAUACUUGUUUCCGCAACGCUCAGACGCAGCUUACUGCACUCGAAGUCGCAACCAAGAAGCACAUCGCCAACUAUCAUGCCUGCAACAACUCCUGUUACGCCAUUCCAGGAACGUACGAUGCACCGCCAUUUUGUCGCCGCUACCAACAGCUUCACGACCCAGAGACGACACAUCUCCUCGACACACCUCCUCAAUCCAUCUCCCUCGAGCGCACAUUAGUCGACGAGACGUGCGAUCCAUGCCACGGGCUGAGAAAAUGUGCCUAUGAGCUCGAAGGGAGACUCUCCUUCCUGGACGCGGCUUUCGUCGCACGUUCGCUUUGUUAUGAGCAUCGCGUCGACGCUCAGCGAGUGCAUCGAAAGCUUCUGGAUAAAACGUACGGCCUCGCACGGUCACAACGCAACAUCGCAACAUCAUCGCUGAAACCUGCUGGAGGAAAUCCCGCGGCCGAAGAGUAAGGGGCAAGAGCUGGAGCGACAUACUAUAACAUUCAG